AUGGGGACAAAUCUUUUGGGUUUGACACUGCUGUGGAGGAAGCUCAACGCAAUCAACGCAGCUAAUGUUGAAUCAGAGAGUAAUGAGAAUUGUGUCGAUUUUGUUAAGCUUAUGGGUCGUUACAGUGGAUUCAUAGCGAUGUAUGCUACAUUAGCAAGUAGAGAUGUUGAUUGCUGCUUGAUUCCCGAGUCACCAUUUAACCUCGAAGGAGAAGGUGGACUCUUGGGGUUCAUAGAGAAACGGCUCAAGGAACAUGGUCACAUGGUGAUUGUUCUUGCUGAAGGAGCAGGACAAGAUUUGAUGUCCAAAAGCAUGGAAACUAGUACUCUCAAGGACGCGUCUGCAUACAUGAUCUGGACUGUUCCAAGCAAUGCAUCAGACAAUGUCUACUGUACACUUCUUGCUCAGAGUGUGGUGCAUGGCGCAAUGGCUGGUUACACUGGCUACACCAGUGGUCUUGUCAAUGGAAGACAAACAUACAUCCCUUACUACACUUACGGGACGGAUCUGACUGUUGAUUAG